UUUGUCACUAACAGGAAGAACGUUGAUGAUUUCACAGGACCUCGAGAGCGCAGUGAUCUAGGGUUCGUCACCUUUGACCUCUCAGCUGAUUUGCAGCCAAUCUUUGACUGGAACGUCAAACAGCUGUUUCUCUAUCUCUCUGCUGAGUACAGCACAAAGAAUAAUCCUCUGAACCUGGUGCUGUGGGAUAAGAUUGUUCGACGAGGUGAAAGCAUGACCCUGCACCUUAAGGACAUGAAGUCCAAAUACUUCUUCUUUGAUGAUGGGAACGGACUCAGGGCCAACAAGAACAUCACUUUAACGCUGUCAUGGAAUGUGGUUCCCAACGCAGGAAUACUCCCUCUAGUGGUCGGAACAGGACACAUCAGCCUUCCUUUCCCAGACACAUACGAGAGCGCCAAAAGUUACUAGACCCAAGCAAAAGUCCCAACACACACACCUUUCAAACUCUGUGUUCUGCCCCUUAGUUCAUUUGUGACAUUUUAAUUUGUGAUAAAAUGUGAGAUUGGAACACCU